UUUCCUCUCCUUCGCAAUAUUGAAACGUAUUGGAGCCGCCUCACCUGAUGGGGAAGGACAACGUUUCCCACAACGACGCCAAGGCCCGACGGAGAUUGGCCUGGGCGGGCGCCGUCGUCCUAAUCGCCACUGCAAUCGCGAUCGCCUCUUCGUCCUCAUUCUCCUCCUCCACAAACGAACUCAGCGACUGGCCCCUAGGACCGGGGAACUACACGGGCUUGGUGGAGGGCUGCUGCUGCGACUAUGAGACGACGGAUUCUGUAAACGAGCUGGUGUUGCAUCCAUUACUCCAGGAGCUUGUCAAAACUCCUUUUUUUCGUUAUUUCAAGGUUAAGUUGUGGUGUGAUUGUCCAUUCUGGCCUGAUGAUGGGAUGUGCCAUCUGCGAGAUUGUUCUGUCUGUGAGUGUCCAGAAAGUGAAUUUCCAGAGCCAUUUAAGAAAUUAUCCAGAGGACGCUUGGUUGAUGAGGCAAUUUGCCAGGAGGGCAAACAACAUGCUGCUGUGGAUAAAACCCUUGAUGAUAAAGUCUUCAAGGGGUGGAUUGAGAUUGAUAAUCCCUGGACAUAUGAUGAUGAAACUGAUAAUUCUGCAAUGACAUUUGUCAAUCUCCAACUAAACCCUGAGAGAUACACUGGCUAUACAGGCACAUCAACUCAAAGGAUAUGGACUUCUGUUUACAAGGAUAAUUGUCCAAAAUAUCCUGAUGAAGAACUGUGUGAUGAGAAGACAGUGAUGUACAAAUUGAUCUCUGGGUUGCAUUCUUCAAUUUCAGUUCAUAUAGCUUCCGAUUAUCUUCUAGAUGUAUCUACCAAUUUGUGGGGGCCAAAUGUUGAGUUGCUUUAUGAUCGAGUAUGGAAACAUCCAGAUCGUGUCAAAAAUUUGUAUUUCAUCUUUCUAUUUGUGAUGAGAGCUGUGACAAAGGCUGCAGAUUAUCUGGAGCAGGCAGAAUACAACACUGGCAAUCCAAUAGAGGAUUUGAAAACUCAAUCAUUGGUGCGACAGCUUGUCUACAAUCCAAAAAUUCAUUCUUCUUACCCUUUACCUUUCAAUGAAGCUAAGCUUUGGCAAGGCACAAACGGGCCUGAGCUAAAGGAGCAGGUUCUGAAACAAUUCAGGAAUAUCAGUGCCAUUAUGAACUGUGUCGCUUGUGAGAAAUGCCGCUUGUGGGGAAAACUUCAAGUCAAUGGUCUAGCAACAGCUCUGAAAGUUCUAUUCUCCGUCAAUGGAAAUAACCCCAAUCAACAUUUGCAGCUACAAAGAAAUGAAGUUAUUGCGCUAUUUAACCUUCUAAAUCGACUCUCAGAAUCCUUAAAGUUUGUUCAUGACAUGAGAGCUUCCAUGGAGAAGAUGGAAAGACAAGGCACUUCCUCUGGAGGCAAAACUACAUGGUUGCAAGAUCAUAAUGUGACCUGAUACUCGGGUGAACAUGGCAUCUCAUACUUUAAAAGUUUUACUUGAUUUUGACAUGAUCAUUGUUUUGAGAGGCAGGGGCAGAGGGAAACAUGACCCAUUAAAUACAUUUUUCUGUGGAUGAUAUCUGCAUGGUUGAGGAAGAGAACCAGUACAUAUGCACUUCCAAGUUGUUUUAGUAGUGAUUUAGAAUCAUCUUAGUUUCCAUGAACUUAAUUGGCCCUCAAUGUUAGUGAGGAUUUGCAUGAUGGCUUCACUACCCCAAAUAAGAGGAUAAGUGCCUAUUUCCACAAAGAAGAGGACUAUGAUCAAUUUAAUUCCGCAAGACAAUAAAAAAAGGAACCUUUUUUGUUUUGACAAUAUUUUUUUAUUUUAGGUUUUUUUUUGGCAUUUCAAUUAUGAACAAGAAGAUAAUAUGUGAGAUUUAUAUU